AGGCGUUAGUCAGACAGCAGUCGUAGGAAUGUUAACAUCGAGAUGUUUUCAAGGAUGGAUGGAUAUAUGGGUGAAGGAAACUUUAAAACAAAAAGAAAUCAUUAAUGUGACAGCAAUAUUCAAUCAAACAAAGCAUUCUAUCAACAGUGUGAACACGCCCUGUGGAAAUGUGUUGUGUAUACGAAACCCUGGCUCUAGUACCAGGUGCUACGUGGUCAAUACAUUGUGUUUGUGUGUUUCGAAAAAUAUCUUCUUCAAUCAACACAACAGAAAAUGUUGAAAAUCACACACUGGGAUAUAUGAAAUAUUGUCAGACAUAUUAUUAAAGCCAACUACGUGAAGGAUAAAUCUUAACGAAGUUAUCAUGAGGUGGCAUUUCGAGGACAGGAUUGUCGUGUAUAUUUAUCAGCACGGAGGAAACUACUUGUGGAUUGGAGAGCAAUGAAGACAGAUUUGAUCUACGGCUUGUUGUUAUUGUUUCAUUGUUGUGCUGAAGGAUGAGGGUCCGAAGCUUAAAACGGUCUCUGUGGGCGGUUAUUGUAAUAAUAAUAUUAACAGUUAUCAAUCGUCUUUACAAACCAAAGACCGUGUUUGAAACUUCAGUUCUUGAAUGGUUCCAAAUUGAAAAUGAAUCGACAGAUCCUUUGUUGAAUUUACAUUUAUUUGCCUUCUCCUUGAGUGCAAAUGUAUGUUCAAGGCAUCUGGAUAUUUUAUUUUUUGUGCACUCUUCGACAACGUCUGUAGAGUUAAGGGAAGCUGCGCGAAAAACAUGGAUGACACUGAGAAACAGCGGCCACGUGUCAAUGGCUACUGUUUUUAUGAUUGGCAUGACAACAAAUGUGACCAUUCAGAAGUCAGUUGACUCCGAGGCUAGCAUCUACGGAGAUAUUGUUCAAGGCAAUUUCAUUGACGACUACCGUAAUCUCACAUAUAAACACAUCAUGGCAUAUGACUGGAUAUUAGCAAACUGUCCUAAAGUUAAACUCAUUAUCAAACUGGAUCAUGACGUUCUGGUCAAUGUACCUUAUUUAAUCAAGUUCAUUAAUCAGAAUGGUUACAAACGAGAUUUUCUUUAUUGUUCUGUAUCCAAAGCUCCUGUGGUUUUACGAAAUCCAAAAGUGAAAUGGUAUGUCAAUGAAAGCGUCUACCCCUUCAAAGCGUAUCCCAAUCACUGUGCCGGGAGAGCGUAUAUGAUCUCAUUAGAUGCCGUCAGACAAUUGCACAAGGCCUCAUGUAACAUGCGUUUCUAUUGGAUAGACGAUAUUUACGUCACGGGUAUCCUUGCGCUGAAAGUAGGUCUGGAACCCCAGCCAUUUGUAAAGGGACAUGGCUACCUCGCACCUGUGUCUUUAGAGCCAGACAUAUAUGAAUUGCUGUUCAUUGGCGUAGGUUCGGCGAGAAGUGCUCACAGAUUUUGGAACUACAUACAAGCUUAGAGCGGCGGUGGAAUAGCCCAGUGGUUAAAACGUUCGUUCGUCACGCCGAAGGCCAGGGCUCGAUUCACUACUACACUACAUUUCUGAUGUUCCCAGCCGUGAUAUUGCUGGAAUGUUGCUAAAAGCGGCGUAAAAUCAUACUCACUCACUGCAAGCGUAGACGUUCUUUCUUAUGUUACGUGCUAUGUUGAAAUUAUCUUCCUGGUAGGUGUUGGGCUUGAUUGUUUUUCUCUAUUGAUAAGACCCAGGAGGCGCUAAGACAACUGUGAGAAUAAAUGUAAGUAAGAGAGUGGAGAAAUAACUAAUGAAUCCAAAAAUUUAUUACACAAACUUAAGACACCAAAACUUAGUAAAUCAUAGUUUGAUUAUUCAGAAGACAUGAUUAACAUGAAUGAAAUAACAAAGGCCGUAAAAUCUAU